AUGAGUUAUUUGCCGCCGAAUUCUCCGUUAUUUACCUCCCUGCAGUUGGCGCCUGUGUCCUCAACUGCCUCGGGAGAUCAAAAUUUAAUUCCCCAACUCCCUGAGAAGCCCACAGCUUCAUCUGGAACAGUCCAAAUGUAUAUUAUCCCCACAGAGAAAAACCUUUUUUUCCAAGGCUUUGAAGCCAAUGAAUAUGCUGGUAGACAACCUAUUUUGUUAAGGGGUUGUCUUUUCAUCAGGAUAUUGAAACCAGCAAAAAUCAAGUCUAUCUCUUUACAGUUCACUGGAUCUUUGCGUACGGACUGGCCAGAGGGUAUUCCACCCAAGAAGAAUGUUUUCUCUGAAGAAAAUAAUGUCAUUAGCCAUACAUGGCCGUUUUAUUCUAUGUCAAACCCGUUAAACACCCUUGAUGGAGGUGCUGACUUGUACAGUGAGUUACCUAAAAAUAUUGAUCGGGAUGUGUCACAUUUGAGUCUAAAUGACUCUUCAAUAAGACCCCACUCUCCCUCCUUGUCUCAGUUAGAGACCACUAAUCCAGGGCUUUUCAAAACGGGUUUGAUGAAAAAGGCCAAUACUUCUCCUCAGUUGCAUCCGGUAGAUUCUUUCAAUGAUUUGUCUUCCGUUCUUACUGGAGAAAAUGAGGUGGGUAAACCGGGAACGUUUCCUCCUGGAGAUUAUAUUUAUAACUUUGAACAUCCUUUGCGGCCUUCUCUACCAGAAACGACUGAAGUUACUUUUGGAGAUGUUAGUUACGAAUUGGAGGCAACAAUUAUACGUGCUGGGGCUUUCAAGCUGAAUCUCAUUGGUAAAAUGCCCAUCAAUUUGGUAAGAACACCGUCCGAAUAUAAUCUUGAAGAAAAUGAACCUAUCAUCAUAUCUCGGGACUGGGAAGACCAAUUGAGAUAUGACAUUGUCAUUGGAGGAAAGUCGAUCGUUUUGGACUCGUAUCUUCCUUUAGCUUUCCGGUUUGUCCCUCUUUGGGGGAAGGUGGCCCUUCAUCGUAUUCGAGUGUAUCUUUCGGAAAAUUUAGAGUACUAUUGUCAGAAUAAAAAGGUUCACAGAAUGGAGCCCUCUAAGAAGUAUUUAUUGUUGGAACAUAAAGCUAAAAAGGGCAAGAGCUUAUUGACCAAGAAAGAGAAUGGAGAAUAUGGAGAUGAAACUGAAGAGUUGUUGCCCAGGGAACUUGAAUUCCAGUUGUACGUUCCUCAGAAUUUGAACGGAAGAGUAAACCAUGUUCUUCAUCCUGAUACUUCUUUUGAUGAAAUUCAAGCUCAUCACUGGAUAAAACUUUGUCUCAGGAUUUCCAAGUUGGACCCCGAACACCCUGAAAAGAGAAAACAUUACGAGAUUCUGAUUGACUCUCCCAUUCACGUAUUAUCUCCAUUGGCUGCUCAUGGCAAUACUUUGUUACCAGCGUACAAUGAGUUUUUACCUGAAUUCUUACCGGAAUACACUCCUGCAUCACCUCCAUUAUCACCAGAAGUCAUUCCAGUUGAAUCGACAGCAACAAUUGGAAAGUUGUUCUCUGCUCUCAAUCCAGUAAGCAGUAACUCUUCCCACAAACAUGAGACUCCUUCAGCGGUCCAUUCACCUACUCCAGAAAUAUUUCACCAUAUCAACAGUUUCGACAACAAUGACGACCCAAUAGAAAGAGAUUUAGAUAUGCAUUUGGAGGCCAAUCUCUACAAGCCAGAUCCAAACGAGUCGAGGUCUCAAUUGAAUUCUCCUCAGGCAAUGCCACAUAUUGGUAGUUUAUCGCCAGUGACUUCACCUAUGUUAAGGCCAAUAGCGCCUCUUGUUGUGCCUUCUAAAGAUCCUCCUCCGUUUGAAGCUGCGAGUCCUCCCCCAGAUAAUGAAGUGCCACCACCAGCUUAUGAAAAAGAUUCGGCAAGAAACUCAAUGUCUCCUGGGGUAACCAGGGACUCUUCUACCAGCAGCUUGUUACCUAGGGGAAGAUCUAAGACGAACUCGAGUACCAAUACAAAUGGAAGUAAUGGCUCUUAUGGAGCCUCUAAUGAAAUAUCAAUUAAGGACUUGUUGACAAACAGCUUAGGUGGUCACCGGAAUUCGGUAGCUUCCAAGAAGAGCCAGAGUUCAGGAGAAUCUGACAAGCUGAAAGGAAAUCAGAGUUCGUCCAGCUCUCUAGUUAAAAGCAAAGGCAUUGUGCCGGAUUCGGAUAAUACCAUCCUUUCACCUAAAGUCGAACAUGAAAACGAACAUGAAAGUGAGGAAGAUAUUGUGAAUUUGAUUGGAUCUCCUGAGCUUAUUCCUGAAGCUGUGAGCCCAAGAAGAAACUUAAGUCCUAUGGGUAGUCCAAGGACAGGUGUAAGUCCCAUUGCCAGUCCAAGAAGAGGUAUUAGCCCGAUAAGCACACCUUUGAGGUCUCGUAGUCCUGAAAGAGGUGGAACAUCUCCAACUCAGUCACCCGAAAGAACCUUCAGUUCUGAUGCACUUCCCCCAACCAUCCAAUUCAAUGGAAAUGAAGAACACAACGGACACAAGAGGGAAUCCGAAAGUCCUGGCUAUCAGUCGGAGAUAGAAAGCUCCUCGUCACGUCGUACAUCGAUAGCAUCAUUCUCUUCCAAUGAAAUGCAAAUGGGACAAAAUAUUCCGCUUUUAAGCCUGUCAACCCAAUCCUUACUUCUCAGUAACCCUGCAAACACUCGAACUGCAUCGGUAGGAUCCAUUCUAUUUGAUCCUGGGAGAAGACACAGCUCCAACACUCGACCUUCGAUUGUAGACUUUGUGGAUGGUGGUGAUCUUGGUGGAGACUUCUUCAGAGACUCGAUGCGUCUCACCAAGUUGAAUAAUCCAAGAAGACACAAGGAAACCAACAUCUCUGAAGAAGUGAUUGAACUGGACCACCUAACCAAAAAUGAAGAGAUGGUUCAUGAGGAGGAGAGUUUAACUGGGACUUCUGAAAGUGAUUUGACCGUCAACGAAAACCAGACGUUGAAAACCCAGUCCCCUGCACGGGGGCCUACAAAAGAAAUUCCGGGCUUUAAAAUAGGGUUCCUGAUAGAAUAG